AUGUGGGCAAGACACGCUAUAGUUAGGACGUUACGACAACGGGCCAAUCCAUCAGCUAAUAUCCAAUCCGCUACAUCACGAUAUGCCAGCCAGUCAUCAAAACCGUCCACUCCAGUUUGGGAACCAUCCAUGCCAACCGAAUGGGCCCGUAAACCUCCUCCCAAAUACGACGAGGAUAUAGAUUCCGAAGACGUGUCCCCAUUUAAAAUAGCUCCUCCCGUGCGUCCACCCAACGAGGCAUUGGAAACAAAGAGAGCCAGACUCGUCUACAUGUCACGGAAACGAGGCAUUCUAGAAACAGACUUACUACUAUCUACAUUCGCUAAAGAGUAUCUCCCCAACAUGUCAAUGAAGGAAAUGACAGAAUACGAUGCUCUGCUGGAGGAAAACGAUUGGGAUAUAUACUAUUGGGCUACGGGUGCAAAGAGGAUUCCAGAUCGAGUCAUGAAGGACGGCAUAUUGAUGAAUAAACUCGUCGAACACUCAAAGAAUAAGGGCAAACAGAUACUUAGAAUGCCCGAUCUAUCUGCUCGUGUCGCUGGCUGA